GCAGUAGACACCACUCGUCCUCCCCCUGCUGAGUAACACUGUUCACAUAUCUCAGGCAAUGCUGAAGUUGCUAAUAGAGUUUCCUGCUUGUUAAGGUUAUGAAAACAAAUGAAUGCAUUAUCACAAGUAUGGAAACACUGAGUCUUGUAUUAGUCUUGGGACUAUUGCAAGGGGUGAUAUGUAAAAACUAUGUCGUCAAAGUAGAUCCAACAAAAGAUAGAAAGCAAAUGAAACAUUUUUGGAAAAGCACUGGAUUUUGCCCCCCUUUGCCCCAUGACAAAUCAGAGAUGUACUUUCUUGGCAAGGAUCAGAAGUUGAACCUGGCGUAUAUUUCCUCUGUACCCUACAACGGUAUUGUACAAGUUAGAAUCCAUUGGUUGCUGGACCUUGUCACGGUUUUAGUUUCAAAUGGAAAACUUCAGUAUGACUUCAAUAAACUGGAUUCAUUUGUUGAUCUUCUAAUGAUGAAUGGAUUGGCGCCAGGUUUCGAACUGAUGGGAAGUCCAUCUGGAUAUUUUACUGAUUUUGAAGAUAAAAGACAAGUCAUAGAAUGGAGAAAUUUUGUCUUCUUGACAGCAACAAGGUACAUAGAAAAAUAUGGGUUACAAAAUAUUUCCAAGUGGAAUUUUGAGACAUGGAAUGAACCAGAUAAUCAUGAUUUCGAUAAUGUGUCCAUGAGUGUCAAAGGCUUCCAGAACUACUAUGAUGCCUGCUCUGAGGGCCUAAAACAGGCAAGCACAUUGUUAAAAUUUGGUGGCCCCGGUGACUCAUGCAGGUCACCACCAAAGUCACCCAUCUCUUGGGGUCUUCUGGCCCACUGCUUUAAUGGGACUAAUUUUUUUACUGGGGAGACUGGUGUGAGAUUGGACUACAUUGCUUUGCAUAAAAAGGGGGGAGGUAGUUCUUUACACAUAUUAGAGCAAGAAAUUGACACUGUUCGUGAAAUUCAUGAGCGCUUCCCACAGUUCAAGUCUGUUCCAAUAUACAAUGAUGAGGCAGACCCACUGGUAGGUUGGUCGACUCCACAGCCAUGGAGAGGUGAUGUCACUUAUGCAGCCAUGAUAACAAAGGUAAUAGAUCAACACAGAGAUUACCUGCUUUCAAAUAAAAGUGGCGGCUUCAAGUACCAUUUGCUAAGUAAUGAUAAUGCCUUCAUGAACUAUUACCCUCAUUACUUUACUCAGAGGACGCUAACAGCAAGGUUCCAGAUGAACAAUACUAAGCCACCUCAUGUCCAGAUGGUUAGAAAACCAGUGUUAACUGUAAUGGGCUUGCUGGCACUAUUAGGUGAAGAAUCAGUUUACACAGAUAUACUAACGGAGGGUGUUGAAACCAAUGACAGUAGCAUUGUUGGAAUAAUGGCAGGUUCCCAUGAGCCAGAGAAAGGAGAAUUGUCUGACAGCUGGGAAACAACAGCUCUCUUAUAUGCCUCAAAUGAUAACAGAACCUCGUCCGACAUACAGUUUGUAACUGUAAAUUUCACCAAUUUUCCAAAGUUAAAAGAUCUUGUGUAUGUGACGUAUUACUUAGACAAUGUUUUGACAAAUCCAUAUCUAGUAUGGCAGAAGACUGGAAGUCCAGACUAUCCUACGAUGAAACAGUUUGAGCUAAUACGGGAUGCAGAGGAUCCAGUUAUAAGAGGGCCUACUCCAUUUCCUAAAGAUGGAACCCUGAUUUUAAAAUUGGCACUUCCUGUUCCCUCUGUGUUUCUUAUUCACGUCUGUGAAAGACCUAAAGCACCUCCUAAAAUGGUAACUGGACUUCACCUUAUUUCCCUUACCAAGGGGCAGGUUGCGGUAGUUUGGAAAGAUGAAAAUGUAAAGUCCAGGUGUCUGAAGACAUACGAAGUUGAAUUCUCACAGGAUGGUUCUAUUUUCAAAAAAAUAAAUGCAAAAGACACAAUCUUUACCUUAUUUAUAUAUAGUCCAGAGAGUGCAACUGUAUCCGGUUUAUACAGAGUGCGUGCUAUCAACUACUGGGGUAUUCCUGGACCUUAUUGCCAUCCUGAACAAUUUACUGAAAGUUUCUAGAGGCUUCUGGAAAUAUUAAGGUUGCAGUAAUGAAGUGAAGCAUAAAUGUAUGUUCUGCCAAUUAAGCACUGGUAUUUUUUUUUUCUUCGAUGCC